AUGCUCAAGGAAACGGUUGGAGAGCCAGAGAUUGCCGGAGACACAGAACUGGACUACUGUCGACGGCUGACGGACCAGCUGCAGGUGGGCAACGAGUAUAUCCGCCAGGCCCAGGCUAAUUCGGGGGUACUUCAGAAGAGGGCCUACGACACCCACUGUGGGGGACAUGCAUUUGUGCCAGGGGACAAGUUGGGGAUGUUUUGUCCUGUUCGCACAAAAGGGAUAUCGCUCAAGCUGCACAGUGACUGGCAAGGACCUGGCAAAAUACUGGGUCAGAUCACUGAGGUGGUGUACAAGGUGCGUAAGCUGGUUCCCGAGCUCCACUUCAGGUGUCGUAUAUUUUCACAGUCGCUGCAUAACGCGAGGGUCCAGGCGGCCGCGAGUCCGCCAGAUCUGAGGGUUCUCAGCGAGCCUGUCACUGCAGACUGGGCAGGAACAGUUCCCUCCCCGCUGACCGACGGCGCGUGCUACCUUCACCGCUACCUGAUCUUCAUCACCACCCUGCGUGAAGACAGAAGACUGGUCUACCUGACGUCAGACUGGGUCUAUCACCUGGUCAAUGACUCCCUGGCUUUCUCUGAGGCAGACAGUUUCUGCAGAGGCCAGUUCAGCAGCCUCAUCAGCUUCGGUAAACCAGAGGACCAGGACGGGGCUCUGGAACUGCACAGAAAAGUGGGGCUUCACCUGCCCAUCUGGGUCAAAGACCCAGGCCAGGCGGCCUCCAAGCCCCUGGCCCUCGCCAAGCAGUAUGCACAAUUUUCAGCUCUAAACUUCCCAAGAGAAUCCCACCAGGGCUUUGCUCAUGUCAACAUCUCCUUCCCCACCCUGUCGGCCGUCAGUGUGUGUGUUCGUGUCCAGUGGGACCCGAUGUGGGAUGAGGUGUCCACCAUCUUCUCCUACGCUGCACCCGUCUUCACCAAUGAAUUCCAGCUGCGUGGGCAAGUGGACAAGAUGGGGCGCAUUCUCUUGGCGCUCAUCAUCCACGGGCAGCAUCGCCCGUACAAGGCUUCCUUCCCCAAUGACGGAGCGUGGCACCACCUCUGUGUCACCUGGCGCAAGACUGACGGCCACUGGGCUAUCUAUGUGGAUGGGGAAAGGAGGGACAUGGGCUCAGGGGCCGACACUCCCAGGGACAUCUACGGAGAGGGUAUAUUCAUCCUGGGUCAGGACCAAGAUUCCUUUGGUGGGAAUUUCACUGAACCUUUUGUUGGGAAUAUCACUGACCUGAAUGUUUGGAAUGUCUCUAUUGAGAGGGGACAACUGCGAGCCCUUAAUGCCUGUUCACUGCUGUCCCAGGACCUGCUCUUCAGGUGGGACACCAACCGCAUCAGCAGCCAUCCGGCAGUCAAAGAAGGAGCAACCAUGCUUUUCUGUCCAGCAGUCCACCAGCAGAGGGCACUGCAGGGCUGCAGGAUGUUGGAGGAUUGGUCACAGGAACUCCGUCCGUCCUACGGCCUGUCCGACUGCUCCGAGCCGCGGACCUUCAUCUGCAGGACCAGCAGAGAGCGGUACCUGAAGAUAAAGGAGAUGCAUGAGGCUCGGAGCUCCCGGCCCAGUCCCUUCCUGAACCAUCUGAUGAAACGCUCCAACAAAAGCCAGGGUGUGCUGGGAGAGGAGCUAUCAGGCCAGAUGAGCUGGGGCCAGGUGUCCGCUCUGCUCAACAUGUCCAAGCAGGCCCUGGAGGACACCCAGCAGGGAGAGGGCCUGCACCCUGAGGACAUGCUGUCCCUCAUCCAGCUGCUGUCCAUGGCCGCUGACGUACCUGCCGACAAACCUGCGGACGGCAACCGCAGCCAGGCCAGUGCUGAGGAGCUAAGCCAGCACUUCAUCAGCGUGGCAGACAGCCUCAUCAGCCAGAACAACACCUUAAAGUGGCAGGCCAUCAAAGAGGUCGUAAGUGGUCCCAUGGACGUGGUCAAGAGCAUUGACCGUAUGGUAACCAGCCUGAGCCCUCGGCUAAUGGCAGAGACUGACCACCUGCUCAUUUACAGCCCCAACAUCAAGCUGGAGGUCCAGCAGCUGACAGUGGAGAAGGGAUCCAGUGGUUCCGAUUUCUGCGGGCCCCAAACAGAAAAAGACUCCAUCCGAGACUGCAUCUCAGUUCCGCACCAGAAGAUACAGGAUCUCCAUAACAACGGUUUCAGCACGCUCACGUUGGUCAGCAUGUGGUACGGCUCGCUGCGCCCUCUCGUCAGCUCCGGGGAGAACAUCACCACGGUUCCCACUGUCACCGAUGGCAGCCAGAGGUACCUGGGCACCAUCCUGGGCUCCUCCAUCAUCUCCACUAUAGUGCUGGGGGACGACCAGCCCGUCAGCAUGCCAGUACGAUUCCAGCUCCAGCACAGCGGCCAGAACCCUAGCAGCACUGUGUAUGACCCAGUGUGUGCCUUCUGGGAUUUUGAUCUCACUCCUGAGGCAGGUGGGUACUGGAGCGCCAGGGGUUGUGAGGUGGUGUCCAGCCAGUAUGGCUCCACUUUCUGCCACUGCAAUCACACCACGAAUUUCGCCUUGCUGAUGCAGGUCUACGAAGGGCAGAGGAGCCAGGAAAAUGAAAAGGCCUUGCAGGUUCUGACGUUCAUUGGCUGUGGAGUGUCUCUGUGUGGCCUCCUCUUCACCUUCAUUCUGUUUGUCGCCGUAGGGGUUCCUAAAUCAGACCGCACAACCGUCCAUAAGAACUUGAUUGUGGCCUUGGGAACUGCUGAGUUGCUGUUAAUGUGCAGUGACUGGGCCUCUGCCAAUGAGGGGACGUGUCUUGCCGUGACAGCUCUGCUCCACCUCUUCUUCAUGGCCUCCUUCUCCUGGAUGCUGGUGGAGGGCCUGCUGCUCUGGAGCAAAGUGGUCUCUGUCAACAUCAGCGAGGACCGCAGGAUGAGACUGUACUAUGUCAUUGGCUGGGGACUACCUGUUCUUAUUGUUGGUGUAACAUUGGCAAUAUCUCUGGACAAAUACAAGGCAGACAAUCACUGCUGGCUCAAUGCGGCCAAUGAUAUGAUUUGGGCAUUUGUGGGACCCGUUUUAUUUGUUUUGGCGGUCAAUGCGGUUGUACUAUGUCGAGUUGUCAUAGUUACUGUUUCCAGUGCUCGUCGGCGUGCCAAGAUGCUCACUCCAAGCUCAGCAUCCAAGAUGCACACCUUUGACCUUACUUGGGCAGUGACCCGGCCUGUUCUCAUUCUGCUACCAGUCCUGGGUCUGACGUGGUUGUGCGGAGUCCUGGUACACCUGUCCAUGAUAAUAGCCUACGUCUUCAUCGCUCUCAAUGCCUUCCAGGGCCUUUAUAUAUUUCUGGUGUAUGCGGUUUACAAUAGCGAGGUGAGGAAUGCCAUAAAGAGGAUCAAAGAAAAGAGGAAAGCGUUAUCUUUCACGAACUGUUCCCAGCCAAUCAGCUUCCUGCCCUCUCAGAGGGCCUCGGCGGGGUCCUGGGGCCACAGUUUGCACACCCCCUCCAGUCCUGAGACCAGUGAGACCUCUGGACCACCUAGCUCCACCUCCAACUCCUUGGUCAUAAAGAACGAGAGUUUCAGAAAAGAAAGCUUUGUGACGUUCUCCUUGAAACCAGCCUUAGAAAACCAAGUUGUUCAGCUCACAGCGUUCAAGCCAUCAGGUAUUGUAACUCCAUCUUGUCUGUGUUGUGGCCACGUGAUACUACUUGUCUGUGUUGUGGCCACGUGAUACUACUUGUC